AUGUCUGACAAACCGGUUGAUGACGAUGCUCCUUCAGACAGCAGUCUUCUGGUAAUAAUCGUUGACACUAAUCCAAAUCAGCGGUACAUAACAGAUGAUCCCAAAGUGUUGACUGGAUGUCUUGAUGCAGUCAUAGCUUUUGCUAAUUCUCACUUAAUGCAAAAAUCUAGAAAUCUACUUGCAGUCAUCGGUUGCCAUUUUCAUAGAAGUGACUACCUGUACCCGUCUCCAGGCAAGCCAUUAGAUGUAAGACAGAUAGACGGACAAUAUGAACUGUUUACAUUAGUUGAGAAAACAAUUAAGAUGAGAUUGGUGAAUUUGAUUAAAAGUCAGCCACAAGAAGAGAAACCUGGUGAAUCCCUCCUUGCUGGAGCAUUAGCUAUGGGUCUUUGCUUUAUCUCCAGGAUGCGCCGUCAAGCUCCAACAGGUCUUCGUAUGAGUAGCCGUAUCCUCAUUGUUACAGGAAGUGCAGACACAGCUGCCCAAUAUAUAAAUUAUAUGAAUGUAUUUUUUACUGCCCAGAAACAGCAAGUUUUGAUAGAUGUAUGUUCAUUGGACAAGCACCUCAGUCUGUUGCAGCAGGGUUGUGAUAUCACAGGAGGAUUGUACCUUAAAGUGCCGUCGCUAGAAGGCUUAUUACAGUAUUUAUUGUGGGUUUUCCUGCCUGAGGCGUCGGAACGGAAAGAGCUGGUGCUACCGGGGAGGGGCAGAGUAGACUACCGAGCGGCGUGCUUCUGCCAUAGAGAGCUGCUCACCAUCGGAUAUGUGUGCUCAGUUUGCUUAAGCGUGUUUUGCAAAUUCAGUCCCAUCUGCACGACUUGUCACACCGUUUUCAAAAUCGGCGGUCCUCUGCCGAUCAAGCCCAAGAAGAAGAAAAUGAAAGUU